GCAGUUAUAAUAGUAAUGAUGUGUGUGCUCUACCUGCAGGCAGUACUGUUGUCGCUGGUGGCUCUGGCCCUAGCUCGCCCCGGCUACCUCGGCUACCCCUACUCGCUCUCCACGCAGUACCACGCCCAGGACGCGCUGGGACAGUACAGCUAUGGCUACGCCGGCGGUCCGUCAGCCAAGAGCGAGGUGAAGUCCUGGGACGGCGUCACCCGCGGUGGAUACUCGUACGUGGACGCCGAGGGCAAGCUGCAGUCCGUCUCCUACACCGCCGACCCCGUGAACGGCUUCCGAGUGGCCGCCACCAACCUGCCCAAGGCUCCCGCCCCUGUGGAGUCGGCGCCACUGGUGGCCCCCGAGCCCGUGCAGGACACCCCUGAGGUGGCGGCCGCCAAGGCUGCCCACCUGGCCGCCCUGGCCGGCGUGCCGACGCCCCUGGCGGCUCCCGAGCCCGUCAAGGACACCCCUGAGGUGGCAGCUGCCAAGGCCGAGCACCUGGCCGCCGUGGAGAGGGCUGCUGUGGCCGCAGCUGCCGCCCCCGAGGUGCCGCUGUCGCUGUACUCCGGCCUGCCGCUCGGCGCCGGCUUCGCCUACUCCAGCGUGGCCCCCGAGCCCUACCUGUACCGCGCCGCGCCCUGGUGGCGCAUCCCUAGCGAGUACUGGACCACCAGCAGCGCUAGACACCGCAGCAUGAGCACCCUGGCUGGUGGCUGUGGCCCUAGCUCGCCCCGGCUACCUCGGCUACCCCUACUCGCUCUAGCAGUUAUAAUAGUAAUGAUGUGUGUGCUCUACCUGCAGGCAGUACUGUUGUCGCUGGUGGCUCUGGCCCUAGCUCGCCCCGGCUACCUCGGCUACCCCUACUCGCUCUCCACGCAGUACCACGCCCAGGACGCGCUGGGACAGUACAGCUAUGGCUACGCCGGCGGUCCGUCAGCCAAGAGCGAGGUGAAGUCCUGGGACGGCGUCACCCGCGGUGGAUACUCGUACGUGGACGCCGAGGGCAAGCUGCAGUCCGUCUCCUACACCGCCGACCCCGUGAACGGCUUCCGAGUGGCCGCCACCAACCUGCCCAAGGCUCCCGCCCCUGUGGAUUCGGCGCCACUGGUGGCCCCCGAGCCCGUGCAGGACACCCCUGAGGUGGCGGCCGCCAAGGCUGCCCACCUGGCCGCCCUGGCCGGCGUGCCGACGCCCCUGGCGGCUCCCGAGCCCGUCAAGGACACCCCUGAGGUGGCAGCUGCCAAGGCCGAGCACCUGGCCGCCGUGGAGAGGGCUGCUGUGGCCGCAGCUGCCGCCCCCGAGGUGCCGCUGUCGCUGUACUCCGGCCUGCCGCUCGGCGCCGGCUUCGCCUACUCCAGCGUGGCCCCCGAGCCCUACCUGUACCGCGCCGCGCCCUGGUGGUGACCGGCCGCCGCGACUGCGACUGCGACUUGUGACCGGCGACUGGUGACUGGUAUCUGGUGACUGCGACUGGCGACCAGUGACUAGUAUCUGGUGACCAGUAACUGUGACUGGAGGCGCCAAACAUUUAUACUUUUAUGCAGCUGCCUUUUCCUGUGUCUUUAAAUCUGAAGUCUGUUUAUGUAUGAUACUCUGUGAUGUAUUAUUUUGUAU